CACAUCUAAGGCGAUCGAUACAAAUGUCUUUGUACUCGAGGAGUAAUCUGCGAUAGUAUAAACGUCUUUAUGCUCCCGUGAUCUCCGCAAAACUCUACAACUUUAAUUUGAACCUUGUUAACACGAGAUAUUAGAGAUUGUAUUCAUGUAUAUUGUCGAGCUUCAAGCUUCUACGUUUGAUAAUUAUUUGGUCUCUACAAACAGAGCUAGUUGUUGAAUCUAAAGUCUGCAUAUCUACAAGUUAUAAGAAUUUGAUGAUACCUUUAAGAAAUAUCCUCUUAAUAAAGUAAGAAUCAGGCGAUUACAAGGAAACUAUGUCGUGGAAAUGAUGUAUAUAAAAUCAUAUGUAUAGUUAAACCAUACAAAAGACUGUUUGCCAACGUAUCUCUUGAGUAUGGAGGAAUUCGAUCGUCAAAAAUUCAAAUGUUUGAUCGGAAUGAUGAGGUCCAACAUAAUUAGGUCCCCGAGAUGAAGAGCUUAUGAGAGAAUUAAAUCUUCUCUGAAAGCAUCAGAUGCUCUUUUACCUUGAUAUGCAUCCAUAUACUUAUACAUCUUUUAUGCCAGCCUUAUUUCCCUUUCAUCUUGAGAUCGGUUAGUGUUUUCUUUUUUUUUUCCUCCAGAUUACCCUUUUAUAAUCAACUAUUUUUUCUUUUUUUACGAGUUGCUGGGAUUUUAAGUGAGUUAAGCUUAAUAUAUGAAAAGAUUCAGUGAGGAAGUAAUAUACAACUCACUCAAUUCUAAUGAAUUCUUACAACUAAUCUAGAAUUCAAUAAAAGCUUACAGUUGGUUUAUUGAACUUCAAUGUAGACGUGUUUAGCAUAAUAAAGGACAUUUUUUUUUAACAACAUUCUAUUAGUUAAUAGAGUUUACAUGGUCUUGAUGUAACAAAUGAGAAAUAGUAUUUGGUAAAGACGUUGACAAUCGGCCUAAGCAAAAGUCUCCUCUUCAUAACAUCCACAAGAGAUUUUUCCUUUUUGAAAAACAAAUCCACAAGAGAUUCUUCAUUCAUUUUAUCUUUUUCAACAACCUUCUCAACAAUGCAAGAGCUCAAUGAAGCGGCAAUUGCUUAUUACAACAACGGCUCCACGGAUCAACAGAAUUUGGCAUGGCAGUUUUUCCUUUCAAUGGACGGUGACGGUAAUGGCCGUGUCAGCUUUCAAGAGUAUACCGACUUCUUGUGUAGAACCACCGGUUUAGCUUGGGUCCGUCGCGAGAUGUUUCAGGAGCUCGACCGAAACAGAGACGGCCAGCUUGACUUCUGGGAGGUCUUGACGCUUUACUAUGUGGCUCGGACGCGGACCAUCGGUUGCCGCACGUGCCUCCAGCCUCUCAUUGGUUUGUACUUUACGUGUGUAACGUGCUUUGAAUCGCAAUGUGUUUGCGACACGUUUGAUCUCUGCGUCAACUGUUAUAUGCGGCGGAAUUAUAAUCAUCCGCACCGUGUCUUCCUGGAUAGUUUUGUUUUAUUACGAUCUAAGCGUAGCCACCCUCCUCUGGUACGUUGACUUUAUGAAUUGUUUUCUAUCUAUUACAGUACAAAUCUUUUUUUUUUAAACACUAAAACCUCUGUAAACUAAUAAUAUUGGAACUAUGGUAUUUUAUUAUUUUAAAGAGUUAUUAGUUUUCCAAAAAAAAAAUAUUUUAUAGAUAUGUACGUUUUUAGUAAAAAUAAAAAAAAUAUUUGAUUUUACGGUAUAUGUACUGAUUAAAGAGAAAUUGUUUGAAAUACACUAAAUUGAAUAUCACUUUUCAAAAAUACAAUCAAUCAAAAAUAAUUUAACAUUUGAGUUUAAAGUUUAGUGAUUAUUGUUUAUGAUAUAGCAUUUAAGGGGUAAGGUUGAGUUUAUAAAAUUUUAUAAAUACUUUUUAAUUAUUUAUAAUGAUUUAAGAGGGUUAAUUUUGUUUUUCAUAAUAAACUAACAGUAUUUAUAAAAUGGUUAUCAUUUAAAGAUAAAUUUAAAAAAUUGUAUUAAAUUUGAGGUAAAGUUAGAAUUUCCCCAUUAAAUUUUAUAGAUACAAAACGUGUGUUAUUAUUAUUUGAUUAUGUGGUGUAUAAAAAAAUUAUUGU